CACUGCCGCUGGAGCGGAUGUCGAGCGCUCCUGAGCUCAGCGCUCCCUGGUGACCGUAACGGAGUCCACUGUCGGCGAUGUCCGAGCUGCCCGGAGAGAGCAUGGUCCCCGACCUGAGCCCCAUGACUGGCAUCGGCGACGUUCUGCAGGGGGUCGUGGGCGGAGGCAGUCGGGUCCCCGGAGCCCCGGAAGAUCCGCUGGCCGGAGCCGCCGGGUCCAUGCCGUGGGCCGCGGGCCCGCUUCCCAGGCGACUCCCCGGCGUGGCGGGCCUGAUGGCCAUGCCGCACGUCCACGCGCCGCUGCGCCUUCUAGAGCUGCACGAGCAGCGGAUGUUCCAACACUACCUGCACACCAACCCCCUGAUCCCCACCCGGCUGCUCCGCGACAUCGAGGAGCGUCGCCGGCUGUUCGUGGAGGGCUGCAGAGCCAGGGAGGCGGCCUUCGACGCCAACCCCCCGCAGAUGGACUCGGACGCCCGCGCCUUUACGAUGGCGCUCACCGCCACCGACGCCCGCGGCCCCACCGCCGACUGAGUGGCGGCCUUCGCCUCUAAUCCCAGCCCUCGGGAGGGAAGAGGCUAGAGGAUCUGGGGUUCAAGGUCAUCCUUGGC